AUGGACCCUGCCUCCGGGACAGUGGGCACGGCGUCUCUGGCUGCCGGCGGCGGAACCGGCGUGAGUGCGAAAGCGCCUAAACAUCUGUGGAGGCAGAACCAGCCCGCGCUCUCUCCGCUCCACCACGCGCUGGUAGUGCGCAAGAACGACCGCGUGAGACAAAGAGGCUUUUCGGACACCGAGCGAUACCUCAAACCGAGGAACAUGGACCGGACUUACGCCGUGGACACGGGGCACCGACCCGGGCUGAAGAAAUCCCGGAUGUCGUGGCCGUCGUCGUUUCAAGGUCUUCGACGUUUCGAUGUGGACAAUGGCACGUCAUCAGGUCGCAGCCCCCUGGACCCCAUGGCCAGCCCGGGCUCAGGCCUCAUCCUGCAGGCCAAUUUCGUCCACAGCCAACGGAGAGAGUCGUUCCUGUACCGCUCCGACAGUGACUACGACCUCUCGCCGAAGUCUAUGUCCCGAAACUCCUCCAUUGCCAGUGACAUUCAUGGUGACGAUAUGAUUGUAACGCCGUUUGCACAGGUUCUUGCCAGCUUGAGAACUGUACGAAACAACUUUGGUGCAUUAACUAAUCUACAGCAAGACAGGGCGUCCAAUAAGAGAUCACCCAUGUGUAACCAACCACCCAUCACCAAGACCACCUUUACAGAGGAGGCCUACCAGAAACUGGCCACCGAGACCCUGGAGGAGCUGGACUGGUGUCUGGACCAGCUGGAGACCUUGCAGACAAGACACUCUGUCAGUGAGAUGGCCUCAAACAAGUUCAAGAGGAUGUUGAACAGGGAGCUGACUCACCUAUCAGAGAUGAGCCGCUCUGGGAACCAGGUGUCUGAGUUCAUCUCCAGCACCUUUCUUGACAAGCAACAUGAAGUGGAGAUGCCAACCCCUCAGACGCAGAAGGAGAAGGAGAAGAAGAACAAGCCCAUGUCUCAGAUCAUUGGGGUGAAAAAGCUGCAACACUCCUCCAGCCUAACAAACUCUAAUAUCGCUCGCUUCGGAGUCAAGACCGAGACCGAGGAUGAACUAGCUAAGGAGCUGGAGCAUGUGAAUAAAUGGGGCCGUAACGUUUUUAAAAUCGCAGAGUUCUCUGGGAAUCGGCCGCUGACAGUCAUGAUGUACACUAUAUUCCAGGAGAGAGACUUGCUAAAAACGUUUAAAAUUCCACUUGACACCUUUAUAACAUACCUGAUGACCUUAGAAGACCAUUAUCAUGGCGAUGUGGCCUACCAUAACAACAUUCAUGCUGCUGAUGUCACCCAGUCAACUCACGUGCUGCUAUCCACCCCCGCCCUCGAGGCUGUGUUCACAGACCUUGAGAUCCUAGCUGCCAUCUUUGCCAGUGCAAUUCACGACGUGGACCAUCCUGGUGUCUCCAACCAGUUCCUCAUCAACACCAAUUCAGAGCUAGCGCUGAUGUACAAUGACUCGUCGGUGUUGGAGAACCACCAUCUAGCAGUUGGUUUCAAGCUUCUACAAGAGGAGAACUGUGACAUCUUCCAAAAUGUGACCAAAAAACAAAGACAAUCACUGCGAAAGAUGGUCAUUGACAUUGUGCUAGCAACAGACAUGUCCAAGCACAUGAAUCUACUGGCUGAUCUGAAAACUAUGGUAGAAACCAAGAAGGUGACCAGCUCUGGUGUCUUGCUGCUGGACAACUACUCUGACAGGAUACAGGUUCUCCAGAACAUGGUGCACUGUGCAGAUCUGAGCAACCCCACUAAGCCUCUCCAGCUGUAUCGGCAGUGGACGGACCGCAUCAUGGAGGAGUUCUUCAGCCAGGGGGACCGAGAGAGGGAGAGGGGCAUGGAGAUCAGCCCCAUGUGUGACAAACACAACGCCUCGGUAGAAAAGAGCCAGGUGGGUUUCAUAGACUAUAUUGUUCACCCUUUGUGGGAGACCUGGGCCGACCUGGUCCACCCAGAUGCCCAGGACAUCCUGGACACGUUGGAAGACAACAGGGAGUGGUACCAGAGCACCAUCCCCCAAAGCCCCUCUCCUGCCUCGGACGACCCAGAGGACGGCUCUCGGCCACCAGGAGGGGACAAGUUCCAAUUUGAGCUCACCCUGGAGGAGGACGGGGAGUCGGACACUGAGAAAGACAGCGGCAGCCAGCCGGAGGAGGAGGAGGAUGACGAGGAGGAGGAGGAGGAAGAGGAGGAAGACGAAGACGAGGAGAACAGCUGCACUGACUCUAAAACGCUUUGUACGCAGGACUCUGAAUCAACAGAGGUUCCUUUGGAUGAACAGGUGGGGGACGAUGAAGAGGAGGAGGGGGUAACGGAAGAGGGGGAGACGUCCUGCUCACAACCAUGUGUUGUGGAGGAAGAGGUAGCAGAGCAGGAGGAGGGAGGGGAGAAAGAGGACGACCCCCACACAUAGCAGUUUAUGGACAUCACCUGAUUAACUGUUCUUCUUAGUAAUGACAGAUGAUUAUUUAUAGAAUAUUUUUUGGGUUUUGUGGAGUCUCUGUUUUUUAUACAUCUAUGUUUAUGGUUCCAAAGCGUGUGCUGCUCUCCACCUUGGCCACUCCUCCCCGUCAGCUUCGUUCAGACACGCCCACCGGUACUUCUUCAAGUUUUUUUGCACUCAGGAAAACUCCUCUCCAUUCCCGUCUGUACUGAAGUGGUGUGCCCUUAUUUCACUUUUACGCCUCCUUUUUUUACAAGCUUAAGUUUAGUAACCGGACGAGCAGUUCAGUCUGCUCAGUGCCGUCCACACGACACAUGAUAUCACAUUCUCCUUCCCUCCGCUUCGUCUCAGCCUUGCCUGAAAAGUUUAGCAGUGUUUCUGUGUUUUAUCAAGUGCCCAUUCUCUACAGAGACGGUUAUCGGCGUGUUCAAGGAGCAUCUCCCUCUCGGUUAGGUCAUUUUCAUCCCUUCUGCGAAUUCCGAGGCAUUUUGAUGCUGCCCGUUCCGCUGAAAAACCCGAUGGGACGCCGCAGAGAUGAAAGCUGCAGCACACCGGGGAGCUUUUUCGAGACACAUUUCUGAUGUAGAAGUCUUCCUUGAAAACCUGACUGAUACAAAGCUCAAAUCUAAACAGCCAUGGCGCUGUCCUAGACCUCUUUAAUUUUUGUAUCGUACUGUAUGUAAGAUUCAGAUAUUUUCUAGAAUUUACUUUUGCAAUCUGAGGCUUUCCUUUUGUUGGCAAAGAAGAUAAGAGAACUUUUUGGAAACCAGUGGGGAGAAAUGUGUCACAUAUGUUCAGUGUUUUGAAGGGAUAUCUUCACGACUGGAUUACAUUAGGAGAGUUCUGAGGUGUUUGCACUUGCUCCAACAGCAUUUAUACUACUAUUCCCAUGCUACUAUACCCACAUUUGGUUAGUCCUGUGAGUUGAAAUUUGGAAUUUAUUCAUAAUAACUAUUAUUUGGGUGAGAGUUUUCACUGAGAAGGAUGCAGGAACCUUAUGCUUUACUCUCAUUGAAACAGUUCAUGAUGUGGAUGAAGCCUUCAAAUUGUAUUGUUGUUGCCUGCAGUUCUUUUGAAUACAUCCUGAUACAAUGCAAUGCUUUGUAGUUGAUACAAAAAGCACCUUUUUUUUUUUAGAAGCUUGAUUAGUGUUCAGAGUAUUCAGAAAUAGUAAUGGUGUUAAAAGCCACUGGUGUGAUUGUAUACCAAUGUUAUGAGAGAAUUUUAUUGUCUUUUAUUUUUGUCGCCCAUUUCGUGCACAUCACCAACAGCUGCAUACCUGCUUGUUUUAACCACUUCAUUUUUUGUUGAGCAGUAUAAAUAUUAUAUACAAUAAUAUAUAUAUUUUUCAUCAAAAUAAUGUUUAUUUUUGCCAUCACAACAUUAAACCCAGUUGCUGUCUUUGUUUUUGACAAGACAAUCAGCUCCGUUGUGUAUUCAUCAGAUAAGACUGUCCUCUACGUAGAUACUCUAAUGCACUGAUAUAUUUCAUAUAUCACCGCUUGAAUAUGUUUGAACUCGCCAAAACACUCACCCAUGAAUACUUGUGCUGUCUCACACCUCGGCCAAGACACUCUUUCUUUUUCCAUGUUUCUAUCAGUUUUUAUCACUUUACACCUGAUGCUAUUAUUUAUUGGUAUAUUUUUCUAUUUGUUGAGUCGUUUUUGCAAUAUAAAGGUGGUACAGUAAAUAUUUAACUGUAGCAUAGACCACAGUACAGGCUUGGCAGUUACAAUACCCAAAUAUCCUUUUUUUCUCUCUGUGUACAUAAAAUAUAGAAACAUUCACAAAUGUAUAAAAAAACAAAACAAAAAAAACACUUGAAAUACUGCACAUCGCUUUUUUUAAAGAGCUUGUUUUGAUUAUGUGUAAUUUCCAAACUUUUUAUUUAAUCUUUCAUUUUGUGCCAAGAUUUCUCUCUUUUUUUUUUUUUUUUUUUUCGCCUCACCCAAUGCCCUUACCUGUAAUAAAAUGUUCUGGUUUUAUCGCUGUUUACAAACAUAUAUUUAUUGUGCUGUAUAUAAUAUAUAAUUAUUAAUGUUAUUACUAUCAUAAUGCCGUUUGUUGUAAAUGGUUGAUUCUUAUCAUCCCUUUUGGUGAUGGUGUGGCUGUAUUUACGUACCUCUUGUUGAGAGAAUGUUUAUUACACACAAGCUUCAGUGUAAAAAUGAUCCAUCGACAUGUUGCUUAUCUGAGAAGUAGCUCAGUGAAGAGAGGGGGAAAGCCAAAUUGUUUUUUAAAAAGAAACUGUUCCUUGGCCCAUGGGCUGUGCCUUAAAUUCAACGCAUGUCAUUUACUUUAGCCUUUUUUUUAAUAUGUUUUAUUUUCUAGUUCUCUUUUGCUGCAUUAGUGAAUCUUUUGGCUUGGGUUGGCCUGAUCUCCUGUUGUGAAUUUGAAAAUGUUGCCUUUUUACUAUCACAGCCAAACUCAAAUUGUUCUAUCGGGAAAAAAAAAAAAAAAAAAAAGUGACUGGGUUAGAAAAUACGUUGUCAGUGCAGAAGCUUGCAGGGAUUCAGGUCAACCACAAGCCAUAGAUGUACUACUUGAGUGACGUGUGGCCUAAAGCCGGAUGUCCAGGAGUCGUAUUUGCUGUAGACCUGGUCUGAACAGCUCGCACCUUCCUUACGCCCUGACACUACACUCACAGAUGUGACGCAACCCGUCGGAUGUAAACGUCAUGGGAGCAACUCUGUGUCCGCUACAAGUUACCUUAGUGUCGUCUGCAUCCACGUGGUUGUACCACAGCUACAAACACUGAAUGGGGCACAGAGGGAGUGUGUAGUUGCCGCUGGACCACAGCCUACGAAGCACAGAGGCUUUGAGACACAUCUGCAUGUUCAGCCACUGCUGCAUUAAUUAUGGCUGAAACACUGACAGUGUGUUGCUUAUCUAUGCUCGGCCCACACUUCCACUCACAUUACUUGCAAUAUCCAAAACCACUGACAUCUCUCUGCCUGGACGGGAGGAGGGUUGAGUAUAUAUCUGU